UCUUUCCGCCAAUGUAGCACUUAAGAAUGGCGACCGACCAGAAGCAGAAGCCGGCGGAGGUCAAGAACUACAAGGGGUUCGUGGCCGGCGUCUUCUCUGGAAUUGCCAAGCUUUCGGUCGGCCACCCCUUCGACACAAUAAAGGUGCGUCUCCAAACAACCGACCCCUCGCGCUUUAACGGGCCGCUACAAUGCGUCGUGCAAACGAUCCGUAAUGAAGGCGUACGCGGUUUAUAUAAAGGCGCCACGCCGCCGCUCGUGGGGUGGAUGUUCAUGGACAGCAUCAUGCUCGGCUCCCUGACCGUGUACCGGCGGCUUCUCGCGGAGCACAUCUUCUACCGGCACUUGACGCCUCAUUCCCCCUCCCUCCCUUCUAAUAUAAAGCCCGAAACCGAGGGUCCUAUCGCCGCGACCUCGCACGCAGCUGCUCACCUGCCGUCAUACGGCCACGGCAUCGCAGGCAUACUGGCGGGGAGCACGGUGAGCUUCAUCGCCGCGCCGGUCGAGCACAUCAAAGCACGCCUUCAGAUCCAGUACUCGGCCAAGAAAUCCGAGCGGCUGUACUCGGGGCCCGUGGACUGCGUGCGCAAGAUCUACGGCGCGCACGGGAUCGCGGGGGUGUAUAAGGGAUUAUGCGCAACGCUGCUGUUUCGAUCCUUUUUCUUUUUCUGGUGGGGUUCUUACGACAUUCUCUCUCGCAUAAUGAGAGACCGGACAAGUCUCAGCGCGCCGGCGAUCAAUUUCUGGGCGGGUGGGCUGAGCGCUCAGGUCUUCUGGAUGACGAGUUAUCCGAGCGAUGUUGUGAAGCAACGUAUUAUGACGGACCCUAUGGGUGGGAAACUCAAUGAUGGUACGCCGAGGUUCAAGAACUGGUGGGAGGCGGCGCAAGCCGUAUAUAGAGAGGGCGGUGCUAAGGGCUACUGGCGAGGUUUUUUGCCGUGUUUCUUGAGAGCGUUCCCUGCCAACGCUAUGGCUCUGGUGGCAUUCGAAGGCGUUAUGAGGGCAUUACCUUAGGAUAUUAGAUACCCUUUAAUACUAUAGGUACCAGCAUGAAAAUACGUAGAAAGACAAUAGAUAUUGCAAGAUACGGAUCACCGAGGAAAAAUAAAAGUUAACUCCUUGCACUGGCG